UUGAUCGCUCUGGUCUGCGUGAACGCGGAAGAGCAGAAGCGCGUGACCGCUUAAGCAAUGGCGAUGGACCGGACCGGAUCAUGGAGCUUGUGUCCGGACUGCUGAGCCGAGUCCGGCUUCUGACAGGACUUUCUGAGCUGACGAAUGACAAGAGAAGCAAGAAGAUGGAGGAAAAAGCGCUGGAGGUGUACGAUGUGAUCCGGACGAUUCGGGAUCCGGAGAAGCCCAACACUCUGGAGGAGCUGGACGUCGUGACGGAGAAGUGUGUGGAGGUGCAGGAGCUCGGGGAUGAUGAGUAUCUGAUCAUCAUCAAGUUCUCUCCCACCGUACCGCACUGCUCUCUGGCCACUCUGAUAGGUCUGUGCCUACAAGUCAAGCUUCAGCGCUGCCUGCCGUUCAAACACAAGCUGGAGAUUUACAUAACUGAGGGAACGCACUCGACCGAGGAGGAUAUUAACAAACAGAUCAACGAUAAGGAGCGCGUGGCGGCCGCCAUGGAGAACCCCAACCUGCGUGAGAUCGUGGAGCAGUGCGUUACUGAACCAGACGACUGAGUUCGGCUCACACCACACCGUCUACACGUGUUUGCUUUCUCAAACGGGCUGGAAGGAUAAUAUCUGAUGAAACUGAAGCCAAGCUGUCGAUGCGCAGCGCUCGUCUUCAUAACAGCUGCACAGCAGGACUUUUGCAGACGCCGAGAAGCUGUCUGGAUGAAGGAUGAAGGUCUCUGUCCUUUCCGCCUGCUUCCCGUUUGUUUUGAUUCAUUGAAGAACAACAUUCCUCAAGCUGAGAGACAAAACAGCAACUUCCUGUUAAACUUCCUGGGUAAACAACCAAAAUAUUGCAUCAGAUCACAAAAGAACACCUUUAAAGGAUAGUUCACUAACUCUCAUGUCCCCAAACAUCUGACUUUUUGUGUUUGUGCAACUGUUUCCAUACAGUCAGAGUGGAUUGUAAUAUAAACUGCUGAAAAAUGCAGAAAAACCACUAUAAAAAUGAUCAUUUAUGAGCGAAAACAGUUGUUCUGUUCGUCACACAAAGCUCCAGAAGACUUAAUGAUGUUUUAUGGCACUUUUGGAGCUCAUCAUCAUCCGUCCUCGUUCUCUUUCAUCGUGUGGUGAAGAGCAGCUCAGACUUUCUGCCGAAUAUCACAGAAGUCAUAUGGGUUUAAAACCACAUGAGAGUCAGUAAAUGAUGACAAAUUUAAACGUUUGGGGAAACAAAAGCAAAUUUCGACUAGUUUUUAAAGAUUUUUUUUUGUGAUGGACAAUAAUGAGUUUGUAAAUAAUUUGAUUUUGUAAGGGAAAAGUUUAUAUUUGUAGAAUUCAGGAUCUUACAAAUAAAACCCUUCUCGGAGA